GUUCCAGCUGGUGUGAGCUGCAGGGUUCCCAGUGUCGCCCCGACGGCUCCUUCAUCCCUAUGCAGUGUGAUGUCACUUCCUGUUGGUGUGUCUCCGAGCUCGGGCAGGAAGUGGGCGGGACCCGGACGCUUCGACAAACAGGGCGCGCACCGUCAUGUGACCGUCCUCUCUGUCCCGACGCCGCCGUUACCCAUGGUGCACUGGUGUGCCGCCCGGCAGCAAACGGUCUGCAAAGCUGUGACCUCCUCUGUCACCAUGGCUACCAGAAUUCACUUCCUGUCGGCAGCUUCCUGUGCCGGACUGAGACUCGGCGAUGGGACGGAGACAACAGACCGCUGAGGGACGCCUGUCAGAUCUCCCAGCCUCUCCAGGUGGUGUCCUCCUCUCAGGUCUGGGCGGUGUCUGCGUCCUGCUCUCAGAUCAGCAGCUUCCAGUCUCUGUUGUUCAGCUCGAUGACCAGCAGGGGGCUCUGCUCUGCUCAGGUGAGAACUCACCUGUACCUGGGACUCCUCCCACUACUGCUGAGCUACGUGUUGUUGCUAGGGUUACAG